ACAAACUUGGUCUACGGUCAAUUACAUUACUGCUUGACCUAAAGAGGACCUAAUUGUAAUAUUCGACUGAAACCUAAGCAAUGGACAAGAUACCGUCUUGCCAUGAUUCAUUUGCGCUGAACAAACCUAGACAUUAUUGCUAUUUCCUGCUGGGCAUGCGCAGCAUCUUUUCCCUUUGACCGAUGGUCUUUUUUCCAUACGGGGAUGAACUUCCACAUGAUUGGAACGCCUAUCUUGUACCUGGACGAUGUAGCCUUUGCAGCUUUGAGUUGACAGAGGGUGAACGUGUUGUGACAGUGAUGAUAAAAGACGAAAAAGUCUCACAUGAGUGUGUAGUGACAUCCAAAGCGUGCUACACGGAUGAACGGGCCAAAAUCCUAUACGAGCUUGACUUCAGAGAUUAUAUCGACCUCCAUCACGAUAAUCAUGAUAACUUUUCUUGCCAUGGUCAAUGCAUCUCCAUGUAUGGGGUGCUAGUUAAUAAGAGCUUUUUCCAAGCGAUGCACUAUUCUUACAAUCCAUCUCCGCCGGAUAUCGCACGCCGUAAUCAUUGGCUGCGCUCCGACCUUGCCAGCCUCCUUCACGAAGCCCUUGGACCCUUUCUGAUACCGCUAGAGAUAUGCGAUAAGAUAGCUCAGAGAUGCUCCCUCCGUGAGCAAGCCGCUUCUAUAGCGAAUGCCUUCUGGCGCAAGAACUUGAAAAAAGAACACGAGGGUCAGUUUAAAGUGAGUCUCGCCUCAAACAUAUGGGCUCGCUAUGUUGAGUUUGAGGGUGCGCAAUACAUUUCGUAUUUGACAAAUACUCCUGGUAACCAUCCGGAACAAAUGUCUAAAGUGUUCUCAGCACAAUCUGGCCAAAAAGUUAAAUCCUUAUACGUAGCUGAAUAUCACUUGGGUGUCAGACAAUUGCGGUUCUCACGCGCCGCAAAGAGAAACCCUACUGGCGUUGAAACAGUUCCAGGCCAGUGGUGGAGAACCUUCGAAUGUAAAAAGGGAACUAUGGAUAUAGAAGCUUAUAAUGAUGGUAUCAAGCUACGAUUUGUCGAGCCAGCUGAGCACAAGAGAUCACAUUUUUAUGACUGCGCUUUUGAAAUGCCAAUAUAUCCUCAUUAUCUGCGCCAGCUUCAUUGGCAUCGACUCUGUAGUGGCUAUGGGUAUAUUACGAGAAUGAUAUCAUUGGUUUUGAACGAUCCCCGGGCUACAGCUUAUUCAGCAAGCUGCGACUAUUGUCCAUACACUAUCCGAGCCCAUCUCCCCGGAGCACAUGAUCCCUACUUUUAUGAUGCGGGAUCAAUCGCUGCACGAAAUGCUGUGUGGCUCUACAUGCCUAUACACAAAGAUGAGAGAAUAACACAAAUCUGGCUGCGACAGUGGGUUGGUAAAUUCUUUUCUGACUCUGCAUUACUUUUCUGCAUGAAUACUGGGAACACCUAUGUUAUGGGCCUUUUUCCGGCCGCCGACUCUUAUGGCCAUUAUUCUUAUACAUUAAUCUAUGAGUCGUCGACUAUUCCAGACCUUAUGUUCUUCGAUAUCAAAAUCCGUGGUAUCGAAGAAUUCGAAUUUGAAAACCCAGUCAGGCCUCAAACAGAAGCACUUCCCAAGCUGCCACAACCGGAGUCAUUCUUGUCUGGCAUUUACUAUGAGAAGUACAACUACUUCUUUUCCUCCGCGAGUCUUGAAGAGGUGGUGGAGGUGACGCCGUGUCUAUUAGAAGUUUCGGGGUUCGGACCAGCUAUUAUGGGACUUCUCUUGCAAUAUGAAGACGGCCGGCGGGCCGCCGUGGGCCAGGUUCGCACAGACAGGUUCCAGUCGUCCUUAGCAGUCAACAAAUCCUCAUGGGGUCUAUGUCUACAAUUUUCGCGGUCUGCGCAGGAUUUGGUUAACGUUUCCUCGGUUGACGUUCAGAGUAAGACUGUUUCGGAUGAUAAAAUCGAGGCCGGACUCGAAAUUCCGUGGCAAGGAAAGCUUGAGUGGUGGUUUUGCAGCACCCAGAGUUGGUUGUAUCACAAAUCCGGGUCAAGUCCAAUGCCAUUCUUAGGGACAAACAAAACCUUCUCUGAGCAUGUGCAAAAUAUAACGCCUACUGUUAGCACGUGA